AUGGGGAAGGCUUUGAAGAAACGAGAGAGGAAUGGGGGUCUUGUCGCUGUUACAAUUGAUGAAUACAAUACAGAGACGUGCAACAAUUGCCAAGCGAAGAAUUUAGCGCCUGCAAAUCACACUCGCAGCUACAGCGUACAGGUCUGUAGAAUCUGCAAUACACUGUGGCAGCGAGAUGUUAAUGAUGCAAAAAAUAUGAUAACAAUUGCUUUUUCAACUUGGAGAGGAACCCAUCGACAAACCGCCUUUCAAAGUUCUGAUAAAGGCAAGCAAGCAGCAAACAGCAACAGCAGCAGCAACAAUAACAACAACAAUCCCGUCACUAACAUAAGCAGUUUGUCUCUUUGA